AUGCUAUUGCAAAAUACUCUGGGGUCGUUCAAUAGAAGAAAAAGAAAUUCCCUCUACGUAACUGUGACUCUCCUCAUUGUGUCAGUAUUAAUUCUAACGGUGGGCCUAGCCGCUACAACAAGAACCCAAAAUGUGACUGUUGGAGGUUAUUACCCAGGGGUUAUUCUUGGUUUUGGGUCAUUUCUUGGAAUAAUCGGAUCAAACUUGAUAGAAAACAAAAGGCAAAUGCUGGUUGCAUCGAUCGUCUUCAUCAGUUUUGGUGUCAUUGCUGCAUUCUGCUGUGCCAUAGUAGACGGUGUCUUUGCUGCCAGGCACAUAGAUCUGAGACCACUGUAUGCAGGGCGAUGUCAGUACUACACGAGUACAAGCCAACCAGAGGCAAUCUGCCACCCACAGCGCCGUGCCCCCUGCACACAGAAAAUAAAAUCCAACACCUGCUUCUGCUGUGACCUGUACAACUGUGGGAACAGAGUAGAGAUUUCUGGAGGCUACUAUGAAUACAUUGAUGUCAGCAGCUGCCAGGACAUCAUCCACCUUUACCAUUUGCUCUGGUCAGCAACGAUUCUGAACAUAGUGGGGCUGUUCCUGGGGAUCAUUACAGCAGCGAUACUUGGAGGCUUUAAAGACAUGACUCCUUCCCUCCCCACGCUGAACUGUACAGUUGAAAAUGCACACCCGACGGUGUCCUACUACUCAAGGCCACAAGUGACAUCUUACAACACCUACUACCACAGCACUCCUCACCUGCCUCCCUACUCUGCAUAUGACUUUCAGCACUCCAGCGUGUUUCCAGCCUCCACUCCUUCUGGCCUGUCUGAUGACCCGCAGUCCUUGUCUCCAUCUCCCAGCUAUAUGUGGGCCUCUAAUGCACCUCCUCGUUACUCACCGCCGUAUUUUCCACCUUUCGAAAAACCACCACCUUACACACCGUAAAGAAUGUGGGAAAGAAGAAAAAAGCAUUUGCCAUUGAAACAAUUGUGAACAUUUUGUAUUUACAUUUUACUGUGGGAGGGAGCAGGGGGAUAGAUGCAGAAGAUAAUUGCAAAUACAGAUCUAGAUUGGACAGUUGUUUCUUGCCAGACUUAUUUCAGGAGUUUAGUGAUGGCUGGUGAGGAAGGGCACAGACUGCUGAGGUUUUGCAG